CGGGAUUUCCGAGGAAAGGGAGAAGAAGGGCGCCCCACCCGCUCUGGAGGGGUUCCGUGAACGAUGAAGGGCCGGCGGCGGCGGCGGCGCCGAGAGCACUGCAAGUUCGCGCUGCUGUUGGCGCUGUACACGCUGGUGCUGCUGCUCGUCCCCUCUGUCCUGGACGGCGGCCGCGACGGGGACAAGGGCGCUGGGCACUGCGCGGGCCUGCAGCGCAGCCUGGGAGUGUGGAGCCUGGAGGCGGCGGCGGCGGGCGAGCGCGAGCAGGGCGCGGAGGCGCGGCCCGCCGCGGAGGAGGACGCGGGCCGGUCCCCCAGGUCCCGGGGCAACCUCAACGGCGCCGUCGGGGAGGCGGUGUCUCGCGAAAAGCAGCACAUCUAUGUGCACGCCACCUGGCGCACGGGCUCGUCGUUCCUGGGCGAGCUCUUUAACCAGCACCCGGACGUUUUCUACUUGUAUGAGCCCAUGUGGCAUCUGUGGCAGGCGCUGUAUCCGGGCGAUGCCGAGAGCCUGCAGGGCGCGCUGCGCGACAUGCUGCGCUCGCUCUUCCGCUGCGACUUCUCGGUGCUGCAGCUGUACGCGCCGCCGGGGGAUUCCGCCGCGCGCGCCCCGGACGCGGCCAAUCUCACCACGGCCGCCCUCUUUCGCUGGCGGACCAACAAGGUCAUCUGCUCGCCGCCGCUGUGCCCCGGCGCGCCCCGGGCCCGCGCCGAGGUCGGCCUCGUCGAGGACGCCGCCUGCGAGCGCAGCUGCCCACCCGUGGCUCUCCGAGCCCUGGAGGCCGAGUGCCGCAAGUAUCCAGUGGUGGUCAUCAAGGACGUGCGCCUCCUCGACCUCGGCGUGCUGGUGCCUCUGCUGCGCGACCCCGGCCUCAACCUGAAGGUGGUGCAGCUUUUCCGCGACCCGCGGGCCGUGCACAACUCGCGCCUCAAGUCUCGGCAGGGGCUGCUGCGCGAGAGCAUCCAAGUGCUGCGCACCCGCCAGAGGGGCGACCGCUUCCACCGCGUGCUGCUGGCGCACGGCAUGGGCGCUCGACCCGGGGGCCCGUCCCGCGCACUGCCCGCCGCCCCGCGCGCCGACUUCUUCCUGACCGGCGCGCUCGAGGUGAUCUGCGAAGCCUGGCUGCGCGACCUGCUGUUCGCGCGCGGCGCGCCAGCCUGGCUACGGCGCCGCUACCUGAGGCUGCGCUACGAGGACCUGGUGCGGCAGCCGCGCGCCCAGCUGCGCCGCCUGCAGCGCUUCGCUGGGCUGCGCGCGCUCGCCGCGCUCGACGCCUUCGCGCUCAACAUGACGCGCGGCGCGGCCUAUGGCGCGGACCGGCCCUUCCACCUGUCGGCGCGCGAUGCCCGCGAGGCCGUGCACGCCUGGCGCGAACGCCUGAGCCAAGAGCAGGUGCGCCAGGUGGAGGCCGCAUGCGCCCCAGCCAUGCGCCUGCUGGCUUACCCUCGCAGUUGGGAAGACGGCAACGCCGAGCCGUCCGAGGACGAGGAGACGCCGCCGGAGACGGAGGCCGAUGGCGCCACGUAGCCCCGCCCCCGCGUCCCCGGGACGGAUCCGGAUGUAACAUAAUGGGUCUCCAACCCUCCUUCACCGGUCUGAGGGAACGCCUCUCGAGGACAAAUGGCUGCAGCAUUUUAUGGUUUUAAGAAUUGACAAUCUCCCAGAAACUUUUACUCCUUUUUUUUUUUUCAUUUUUACUAACAUUUGGCACUGACUGGGGUGAGGUAAGAAAGUGAAUAGAGAGGAGGGUUAGAGGACACAGUCUUCAUCCUCUAGGAGGUUAGAGUCUAUGCAUGUGACAGUGACUGUGGGGCCAGACAUUGGUACUGCUGUUUGGAAGAGCUGAUGGGGCUUCCUUUGCAGGGCUUCAGGGACAUCUGGGAACAAGCUUUAGGCUCUUUCAAACUCCGGUGACUGAGCUCUUCCUCCCACAUUUCUGCUGGAAUUAUCGGGCACUUACCAUGUCACCACCAACCAGUGGAUUUAUCAAAAUGCUUGUAUUCCUGGUUCCGAGAAAGAUAAUGUUACCAACCAACUGAUGAGUUUCCAAAAGUCUGUCACACUCCACUCUAGGAAUGGGAAGGGGAUGGAUCCUCAGGUGCCAUGUGUUGAGUUGGGCAUUGUGGAUAUAUCAUUACUGUGACUGUCGAUGAAAAUAAUCAAUAAACAAUCUAUAAUAAGAAUAGAAAAGAGUUUUAUUUGAGCCAAACUGAAGACUAUAGCCCCGAAGACAGGAAGACAGUCAGAUAACUCUGAGGAACUGCUCCGGAGAAGCUUGGUUUACAGACCAGUUUUACAUCUUGUCAGAACAAAGAACACUAAGCAACUCAGGGAUCCGUUCCUUCAAGGUUUCCAAAAACAAACAAGCAAAACAAAACAAAACAGAUCAGCACGUACACCG